CUUUGCAGUUGCCGUAGAAUGAGAACUGCGCAUGCGCGGGUUUCAGCCCAACAAUGGCGGCCUGCUUUGGGAUGUGUAGGUUACAUGUGAAAGGAACAGAAAGGCUUGUUCAGCUGAGCCAAAAAUCAGAUUUACGAGCUCGGCGAAUACUCACCAGAUCCACCUUUGCAACUAAAGCACAGACAGUGAAAAAGACGCUACAAGCUGGUAUGUUGAAAUCCCUUCAUUCCCCUUCACUACAGAGGCAACCUCAUGUCAGCUUGUUAGGUGCAGCAGCAGGCAAGGAAUCUUUUUCUGCUCUCCAAGAGGAAAGACGAGAACAAGCUGAGAGGUCUGUCCUCAUCAGCUGCCCUCCAAACAUCAACCAGAAAAAGUUCUUAGACUACAUCUCCAAACACGGACACGUACAGAACCAUUUCUUCUAUCAGUCUUAUGGUAUUUAUGCAGUGGUGGAAUUCUCUACAAAGGACAGCAUCACUGCACUGAAGGCAAACUGCACCAUACCAAGUGUCCAACAUGAAGCAGCUGUGCCUUUCAAAUCGCGUCUCCUCUCACUGAAAUGGACAGGGCAAGGCAGCCAGUCAAAUGCCUCAAACACGCUGAAGCUCCAAAAACAUUUACCUAUUCCUAUCAAUGAGCUCACUCAACAUCUCUCCAAACAAGAGAGUAUAGAUCAGCAGCUGCAGUGUCUGACCGAUCUCUAUCAGCUGACUGAGGAAAACAUCAGUUUACGCUUCUUGGUCUGUUCGCUGCUCAGAGACAUCGCUGCUGCCUAUUUCCCAGAAUGCAUCAUCAGGCCUUUUGGCUCCACUGUGAACAGCUUCGGAAAACUGGGCUGUGACCUCGACAUGUUCCUGGAUCUAGAUGGCAUCAGUGGGCAGAACCAGAGGAAGGGCUCUGGUCUGUCUCUCGAGUAUCAAGUGAAGCAGGGGACGUCAGAGCGGACGGUCACACAGAGUGUCCUGUCUGUUAUCGGGGAGUGUGUGGACCAGUUUGGCCCAGGCUGCGUGGGCGUUCAGAAAAUCCUCAAUGCUCGCUGCCCCCUCGUCCGAUUCGCUCACCAGCCUUCAGGCUUUCAGUGUGACCUCACAGCGAAUAACAGGGUGGCAAUGAAGAGCUCCGAGUUGCUGUUUGUGUAUGGGAAAUUGGAUGCACGUGUGCGACAUCUGGUGUUUGCGGUUCGGUGCUGGGCUCGUGUGCAUGGCAUCACCAGCAGCAUUCCUGGAGCCUGGAUCACCAACUUCUCCCUUACAGUCCUCGUGCUGUUCUUCCUCCAGCGCAGGACGCAGCCAUUACUGCCCACUCUGGACCAGCUCAGAGACCUGGCAGACCCUUCAGAUCAGUGCAUUAUUGAGGGGAAUGACUGCACAAUUGUCAGUGACCUGAGCAAGAUUAAACUACAGAAAAACACAGAUACACUAGAGAAACUGCUGCAGGAGUUCUUUGAGUUUUAUGGCAAUUUUGCCUUCAGUUCAACUUCCAUCAACAUAAGGAAGGGAAAAGAGCAGAACAAACCCGAGUCGACCCCUCUGCACAUCCAGAACCCCUUCGAAACGGGUCUAAACGUUAGCAAAAACGUGAACACAACACAGCUGGAGCGAUUCGUGGCACUGUGUCGUGAGAGCGCCUGGCUCCUUGAGCAAAAGGAGAUGCUUAAACGAAGUGCUGGUCAAUCAGCAGAUGUAAUCCCACCUUGGGGACUGGCUGCCCUCCUGUUGCCUUCGGUUGCUCAGUCAGCGGGGGUGAAAGGUCGCAGGAAGAAGAAACAUCAUCCGGCGAGCGAGAGGAUAAAGACUUUGCUGGAGUCACUAAAGAGCAACAGUGGGGGAGCAGGUGCGAAACAGAGCGCUGUUAAUGGUCACCACUAGGGGGCAGCAUGCUUCUGGACUUUAAUGGGGCCUGCCUGGGGAUAUGAAAGAACUGAGAAUGUUUCACAAACUCGGAGCAUCUAACCAAGUGGUGAUUAGUUCAGCUGAGUUGUGCUGUGGUGAGUUCAGCCUGGAGAAUCAUCUCCACUGUCUGCCUGUUUUACCGCAGCCCAGCCUGUCUGAACCACAAUAACAAAACAACGCAACAUCCACAAAAAAACCUACAGUGUUUCCCUCAAGGUAUUGUGGGGUAUUUUAGGUUCAUGUAAACAGGAAGCUGGAGAGCUUGUUGUUCCAUUCACUAAGAUGGAUAGCUGACAGUGGAGUUUCACUCACUGUGUUCAGAUUAAAGGGAUCAUGGCGCUAUAGUGAACCAGACAGACAGCAUUGUAGUAUAAAUCCAUAUGGCGUCUGAGUGAAUGUGUGCUCUGUGGUGAUGUGGGCUUCAUCCUCCAAUUUAGUGUACAUAAAGCAGAAAGACAUCUACCUUUAUCCUAUAUGCAUAUAUCAUUAACUCUGUUUCGUAUGAGAUUAAAUUACUUUAACAAAAAGUCUGCUUUGUGUUACUUUGAUAUUUCAAAAGAUUACGGUCUUUAAAGAUAAGCCAGAAAAGGUUCUAUUGCGUGACGCCACCGAGGAACCAUUUUUGGUUUCCUAAAGAAUUACGAUGGUCGAAAGAACUGAGGAAGCAUUUCUCUCCAUAAAUGUUUACAUUUUUCGUUUGCUUGGUUAUUCACGGCUUUGAAGCGCUAAAAAAAAUGGUUGAAGAAUUGUCUACUGAAACAUCUUUUGUACCAAGACAUCAUUCCAAAGUUUGUUUUUAUUAUAAAGACAACACGACAGCACUUUUUUUCUUCUCCGAUACUGAUACCAACACCGAUACUCAAACCUUGAGUAUCAGCUCAUACAGAUACCCAUCUGAUAUUGUUUUCUUUUAAAAACUACUAAGGUUUUUUUUUUUUUUUUUUAACUGAAGCAGUUCACAGUUAUACUCUCACACAAAAACUUUUACGUUGCAAAUAUAAAAGUGUAAAUAUAAUAAAAUCAGUUGUAACAAAAGAAAAAACAGUUGAAUGUCUUUACAUGUAAAUAUGUCAAGUUCCAAAAAUUCAUUUCUUUUCCAAAUCCAAUCCAACCAUUGACAUUUAAUACUGGAUCCUACACCUGACUUUUUUCCUCCGAUAUAUGAUCCAGUAUUUUUUUUACUGCUCCUGGGUAUCAGAUUGGUGCCAUCUCUAUUUUAUUAUUUUCAUCAUAGUACCAUCUGUCAAAAGUUUCUUUAGGGAACUAAAAUAUUCUUCUAAGGCAUUGCUUUAAAAAAAUGUUUAAUAUAUAAGCAUUUUAAAUAAGUAACUUUUCAUAGCCCAAAAAAUCAGAAGGUUUAACAUCCAUUUGUAACUUGCAGCCAUAAUUCCAAAGUAACUCUUUCAAACUAACCUACAGAUUGACGAAGAUGUCUGUAACUCAUACAAAUACAAAUGACGACACAUAACUCUUAUCUGCAAUAUACAAUAGCCAUUAUAAAAAGCUCAACUAGCAUAAACAUUUAAACUAGUAACAAUAUAGUACUUUGUACUUACAGUACUUUAUACAAAGUAAUAAUUUAUACAAAAUAGUACUUUAUUGUAUACUAUUUGUUACUAUUAUGUUUGUGCUAUUAAUAUCCUUACAUCCUUUAUAAUUUCUCUAAAAUCUAAUGCUAUGUUUAAGAAUGUUAGCAUGUGUGUAUGUUUUCUUGUGAGACAAUUAAUAUCCUGUGCUGAGGUAGACAUCUUUCGAUUUUUUUUCUGUUCUUUGUAGAAGUUGCUGACAAUAGCUGCUUGUGUCCCAAAUUUCUCUCUGGCUCUACAUCACAUGCUUUUUUUUUAAUUAAAAAAAAAACACUGGUUCUACACAGUAAUAUAAAAUAAUAUAAAAUCUGUAAUUGUGAUUCCACAUGCCUUAUUUGAAAUCCCAGGUAUAUUAAAGAAUCCUAUGAUGAGUUUGGCAAUAAAUAUCCUGUGCGUCACCACACUGAACAGGGCCUGUCCAUGGUCAGGUCUAGAGUCUGAACCGGCAUAAACGCAGAGGGCAGCUGAAAUCUGGAGCAUGUAGACAUUCAAGUCUAAAAUAAAUGGUUUAAUAGUCAAUAGUGUGGACAGAGAGUGGAGUAAAUAGGCAGUGAUGAUAGAAGAGAACAAAAAUAGAGAGGCCCUGUCCCCCGUGUAAGUGUAGGAGUGUGCUCCGAACAUCUGCUUUUCCGCCCCACGUCUGUCAAGUUCAAGGGUCAAAGAAUAAAGUUGAAAAUAUCUCUCUUCAGCUCCUCUCAUCUGGAGCACCACAUGAGCAAUGAAGGAGUGCGAGCAGUUAUUGACUUUAACACCAACUGAAGAGUGACUUUGCACUUCAGCUGACCUGGGAGGUGAGAAGAGAGACUGAGGUCCCUGAGAGACAGAGGCAUGGAGGAUGGUGUGAUUAGGGAAAAAGCUAAAAUAAUAUAGAAGGAAACCUCUGUGAUAAAAUAGAUGCUUUUCCAGUAGUAAACUUGUACAUAAAUGACUGAUGUAGUGAUUUGUGUUCGAUUCAGACCCCAAAUCGAUAAUGUGUCUCAGAGACAGAUUUUUUUUUUUAUUUGUGGCUGUUUUGAAGUAUAUUUUCAAAGGUUCAUUGGUUACAUAAUAUGACUGAGAAGCACAUGCUACCCAUUAUAAAGAAAUGGUUAAACAGGACCAAGCCUGGUGUGAGAGCAGCUCUAAGGAGAAUCAUAGCAUGUUUGAUCAUUACAUGAAACCUCAGUUCAAUUCUCCAACCAUAUUUACCACAUCAUGUCCUCUCCAUUGUUACUGAGCCCUUUGCAGUUCACCGAUCCAGCCCCCUCUGAAACAAUGCUGGAGAGAACAACAUGAAGAAUAAAAAUUGAGGUUGCUGUGCAGGACUUGUGGGAAAACCUACUCUGGAAACUGUGGGUUUGUCGUGACUUUGAUCCUUGGCUUUUAGGCCAUCAGUCUGAUGAAGGAGUUGAACUUGGAUUAUAAAAAAAGGCAUGUCUUUCUCUAUUCUUGGCUUUACCAUUCUCUUGAGCCUGAAAGAAUUUAGAAAGGUGGCUUGAGGGUUUAAAAAAAAAACAUGGGAUUU